AUGGUAGAAUCCCCUUCUUUGGGAGGAUACGCCCCUAUAUUCCGAAGCGGCCUCAAAUCGAAAAGCAUCCAUACGAUUUUUGACUACAUUUUUGGGUCAGCUGAGUUAUUGCGUCAAGGUGGAAAGGCACUGAGCAGGUGGGUGACAAAGAUCGGUGAGACAACCGUAGGAGGUCAACCUCCGACGUUUGAUGAUAUCGACACAGACCCCGAUGCCUUGAGAAGGUUAACCGAUGUCAUCUUUGAAGAUGAUGCAGACGGACGCUGGCACCCCAAGGUUAGGGAAUUGUUGGUGAUGACCUUACUCCUACGGUGUGAUCAGUUCGUAGAUAUCCUGCAGUCGCAUCCCUUUUCGAAACUGGUUGAAGGGUUGUCAACUGACGGUAUUCCCGAGGAUUACUCUUGCUCUUCUGUCCGGGAUAACCUGUUUCUUUCGCGUGUCAACCAGGCAUUGGAGAAAGCCGUUGGAAACGACAGGGAUCUCAUAUUCAGUAACUGGGUCGGUGAAGCCCGCAGAGCCUUCCUAUCUCGAAAUGCCCCCGGCCUCCCGAUUGGAACGUUUCCGUUGUAUGGAGGUGACCCCGGUGGCCGUGGCAUCCUAAUGGACACACGAUGCUUUACCGAUCACUUCAACGCAUUAGCAUCGAUAGCCCAAGCAAAUCACAUGAGACUCCAAAGCCUCGAGCAUAAGGUCAAUGACAUCCGCAGCGCCUUCAACGUCGAAAGCAAAAUCACCAGUUCCUUCAUUGUGGACCGCUUGUUCAACAUUCAGAAGUCGGUACGGAGACUCGAGGAAAAUCUCAUAGGAGCGCAAACACCAGCACCUGCACCAACCCUCCCGAAAGCCCUCCUCAGGUUCUCUCGGUCAGGUCCUUCAGAAGGCGCGCCUGUAUCCCUGACUGAAGCGACCAUAGGCUUCUUCUACGACAAUUACCCAGCCGGUUAUGAAUUGGACAAGAGAAGUCCCUCCUGGGAGGAAUUCGAUUCCAACAAGAAGAAAGCCUUGGGCAGUAAGUUGAACACCAUCAGAAACGCCGUAAGGGUGGUGCUGCUUCACGCCGAUUCCUGUCCGUUGAAGCAAAACUCAUCUGAAUACUGGAACAAAGCCGACAUCCGUGGCAUCGCAAGAGAAGCUGAGAAACGCGUCUGUGAAGCACUCGAAACCCUUCGACUGAAUGCGUCUGUUCAGGAUUGCAAAACUAUCACCAUAUCGAAUCUGGAAAGGGCAAUGAAGGACCCGAAAUGGAAGGAGUACGAGAAAUCGCUGGUUCUACCAGCUAACACCCCCGACGACAUUCGCAAGGUCCUAAAGAAGAAUCGAUCUUGA